UCGUCGUAGUUCCUUGUCAACAUGGCUGCACGCGCUGGAAACAAGCGUGGUCUGGAGCAUUUGGAUGAAUAUGAACCGCAACAAGCUAAACAACAGCGAAGUCUGCAUGAUCAGAUGACGGAAAAGCGUCUCGUCGUUGUUUUAGAAGGAGCGACGCUUGAAACCGUAAAGGUUGGAAAGACAUUUGAGUUGCUGAACUGUGAUCAGCACAAGAGUAUGAUAAUAAAGAGUGGAAGAGACCCUGGAAAGAUCCGCCCUGAUAUCACGCAUCAGUGCCUGUUAAUGUUACUGGACAGUCCAUUGAAUAGAGCUGGACUGCUCCAAGUGUACAUUCACACAGAGAAGAACGUUUUGGUUGAGAUCAACCCACAGACAAGAAUUCCUCGCACAUUUGCAAGAUUUUGUGGACUCAUGGUCCAGCUCCUUCACAAGAUGAGUGUGAGAGCAGCAGAUGGCCCUCAGCGUUUGUUAAGACUGAUUAAAAAUCCAGUGUCAGACCACCUGCCACCUGGAUGUCCCAGAUAUUCUACAUCCUUCAAAGCAAGAGAUGCUGUGUGUCCUAGAUCAGUUGUCCCUACAGAUGGACCUGCUGCUAUUGUCAUUGGAGCAUUUGCACAUGGAACAGUGAAUGCUGACUACACAGAGAAGACAGUAUCCAUAAGUAACUAUCCUCUGUCAGCUGCUCUGACCUGUGCCAAAUUCUGUUCAGCGUUUGAGGAGGUCUGGGGAGUGUUAUGACCAAACCAAACUGUGUUAAACAGUCAUGUUUUUGCCUGUAUGUGAGUAGGCCUUUGGACUUUACUCUGUGUGUGCGCACAUAUGCGGUCCAGUCCUAUGUGCAGCGAAUAUGUUUCAUGAGUUAUAACAUGAUUAUAACUCAAGCGGAAGCAAACAACUGUACCAUUUACUGUUUGGGGUAGCCAAUUGGACAUAAUUUAUCUUUAGUAUUUUUACAAAUUGGUUUUAUGCAUUUAAAAUUUUCCAUUUAAUAUGUAUAUGUUUUCUUGUUGCCAAUAAACCCAGAUUUGCAUUUAAAAUGGUUUAUGUAAAAACUGAUUUUUUUUCCCACAUUUCAUUUUCCAAAUUUUUCCAAUGUUUGUUCAAUCACUUAGUCUGUAUAUUAUUUCUUCUACUCUCCAUUUGUACUCUGAGUUUGUAUGUUUUCUAGACACUCUUUUCUGUCUAGGCUUGAUAUUGGUUCUCCCGUCUUGUUGGGCUUAUUUCCUGUUUUUGCUCUUUCUUUGACCAGACUUGGCACCUUUCCUAACAUAUCUCAGGCUAUUUCCCUUCAGCUUUUGUUUUCAUUUGAUCGCUCUCGAAUUACUGCUACAGGUUUUGUAUGUUUAUCAGCUGUCGGUGUGCUUUUGUCUGUAGAUAUUUUCAGUAUUUUUUGCUUUUGCAAUUUUUCUAUUCUUAAAGGAUUCUUAUUUACAUUUUCCUGCUAGCUACUAAGCCUUUUUCUUCUUGUUCAUCAUCUCUACUCACUGGCCUUGUUUUCACAUCUUUCCUGUUGGGACAUAUUCUUUUACAUGCAACACAAAAUUACACAUCCUUUCUGUGUUCAAGGAGCUAAAAUGGUCAUUUGUCCAUACAGAAAAGCAUUUCAUGGCCUAAAAUGGCUAGUCAAAAUCUGAUUGUCUGCAUUUAAUAUUUGACUCCUAAAAUGAUUAAAUGAUUUUUAUUAUUGCCCUCUUA